GAACAUGAGUCAGUUUCAGUUUCCGUUCAGCGACCGUCAAGAGAGGGGUCGACGCCGAAACCGGAGUAGAAAACAAGUACUUGGAAACAGCCCGUGUCAGUCUUACUUCUGUCUUUUCGUUGGAUUCAGAAAAGCACCUUUCUUGCCGUCGAGUCGAACGGACGGAGCGUCUGCUGGAUGUUGGACCGAACCGCAGCAGCAACACGAGCUGAGGAGGUGUAAUCAUGGCCUCAGAAGUUGCGCCGAAAGUCGAUCUGAAAGAAGCGGAGCAGCUUGCGUCCUCCCUCAGUGACGCUCUGAGCAGCGGGGACUCCGAAGAAGCGGUCAAACUGUGCAAGAGGCUGUCUGAGCUCUCCGUGCCGGUGUGCGUCACGAUCAACGGUCAGGUGUACCCUCAGGACUCGAUAAGGUUAAAGGUCGGCGUGGAGGAUGCUCAGUCAGACGACUACGUCCCAGUGACCGUUGUGGUGUCCGCUGGAAUGACAAUCGCGGAGCUUAAAGACAAGAUCAACCAUGACUUUGGGUUCCACCCACUGCUGCAGCGCUGGGUCAUCGGGAAGCGGCUGGCUCGUGACCGGGAAACGCUAUACAGCCACGGCAUCCGCGAGAGCGGGGACCAGGCGUUCCUGUUCAUCCUCUCCGCCAAUAAUGCUCACCUCACCCGGCAUCAGCACAAGCUGGACGAGAAUCAGCACCGUCUAGACAGUAUCGUGGAUUCGAUGCAGACGAUGAACCUUUUGCCCAGAGGAGCUGAUGGUGGGAAGAGGGCUCCUCCACCAGAAACCAACGACGCUCCUCCUCCACUUCUUCCGAGAGGCCAGAACGUUGGUAGACCCGCUGUUCCCCCUAAACCUCAGCUGGGCUGGGCCUGUUCAUUGUGUACGUUCAUGAACAAGCCAACGCGUCCAGGGUGCGAGAUGUGCGGGCACGAACGGCCUGAGGAUUACCGGGUCCCCGACAUCUACCAGCCAGACCAAGACGAGGUCGAACGGCUUCAUCAGGAAGAGCUGGCCUUGCUGCAGUAUGAGCAGGCCAAGCAGGAGGAGCGAGAGCAGAACUACUUGUACUUGUUGGCAACAGAGGACCAGAAUCUUAUCCUUAACACCGUGGAGACGGAUUGUCCCAUUUGUUUCUCUACCCUUCAGCCAGGAGAGGGAAUCGUGCUCAGGGAAUGUCUGCACACCUUCUGCACGGAGUGUCUAAAAGGCACAAUAGUAAACAGUCAAGACGCUGAGGUGUCUUGUCCUGACAACUGUGACAGCAAGCUACUGGACCGAGAGAUCAAAGAGCUGCUCACAGAAGAGGAGCACCAGCGGUUUUUGGAGCUGCGUCUGAGCAUCGCCGAAAGCCGCUCCGAACACAGCUUCCACUGCCAGACCCCUAACUGUCGAGGGUGGUGCAUCUACGAGGACGACGUCAACGAGUUCCAGUGUGAACUCUGUGGUGAAGCCAACUGCAUCCUCUGCAGGGCUAUCCACAAAGACAUGACUUGCAAGCAAUACCAGGAUGACCUGCGCAUCAGAGCAGAGAACGACGAAGCGGCGCAGAAAACCAAGCAGAUGCUAGAGGGCAUGCUGCUGAAUGGGGAGGCCAUGAAAUGCCCGCGAUGUGACAUCAUCGUCCAGAAAAAAGAUGGCUGCGAUUGGAUUUGCUGUUUGAUGUGCAGGACAGAGAUUUGCUGGGUCACCAAACAAGCCCGAUGGGGACCAAAUGGCCAUGGCGACAUAUCUGGAGGCUGUAGGUGCCGAGUCAAUAACCAGCCAUGUCAUCCUAACUGCCAAAACUGCCACUGAGGCAAGCACACUAAUUAAACACAUACAGUAUAUACAGUAUAUGGGCUGCUGCAAGCACGACAACAGGGUUUCUCGACCUACAAAGAAUCAGUUCGGUUCCUGUUAAUGCUCCAGUUCUGUGCAAGAACCACAAUUGUAUUGUAGCAGACGGACACAUUUUUUGACAGCAUUAUUAUCAGUUCUGCACAGAAUUGGCUAAACUUCGGAGAAACCCGACCAACUCUUCAGCAAGCAAUUUGUUUCUCUGAGUAGAGUCUACGGACUAUCCAAGCAACAAACCUAUUCUUCAUUUUGUACAAGUGCGUGCCCACUUGUGAUUCUAUCAUGGCUAUGACUCCCCAUUUCCGAUUGGAAGUAUUUUAGUCUGCAAACCAAUCUAUUUUUGGUCAGUAUGACCAGAACUGUAUUUGUGAAUAAGAACAUAAGCGGUUCUAUGUUGCUCAAAAAGCCCUACCAGAGUCUGGGAAAUUUUCAACCUCUUCAGAUGCUUGGACCAGUGGCUUUAUACGAGCUAGUUUUGGACUCAGGGCUGUGGUGUCCUAAUAAUGAAGUGCACCUUUCUUCUGUAAAACAUGCUAUUACCAAGCAGUGCUAACUGCUGGCUGUUUCUUCUACAUCUAUCUACAGGUCAACUGUCAUUGUGGAGAAAAAGAUGUUUUACUGGAAUCUUCUAACAUAAUAACACAGAUUUUUUUGAUGAUUUUGAUGAGCCAUAAUAUAUAUAUAUUUUUUUUUUAACUGAAGACAAGCAUAUGUAAAAUAGCAAGAAAAUACUUAGACAAGUGAACACGCACUGACAACAAAUCCAUGAUUAAGGACUUCCCCCUUUUUUCCUGAGUUUCCUGGCAACAACUAAUUAAUUAAAACAUUAAUUUCCAUUUAUUAAAACCUUAUUGUUAUUUUAAGACUCACUGUUUGGUCUUUAAAAAGAGAACUACUGACAAAUAAUUAUUGGAGGCAACUGCCAGAGCUGAGAAUAUCGUCUUCCAAGUGUUUUGUGAAAUAGGUAUAUUUUUUUGCUUGACAAGUUCCAGAAUGUGUUGAUUGACUGUGUUAAUUGUGGACGGUGGCUUUUCUUUCAGUCGACUAAUCGGACUGUGGUGAAGGAUGCUGUUUCCAGUGUUUACAUUGAAUGAAUGUAUUGAUAAUGCAAACCAGGCUGCUCUGAUGCACUUAAUGACUUUGAAGUAUCAGGUUUAAGUCGUAGCGUGGUGGGAAAAUAAUGAUGCUGUACCUUAAUUCAGCUCUUCAUCUGGACUUCCGACGGGCUUGUCCCUCAAGAAAUGCAGGGGCAACAUGUACUAUGAGAAACAGUUUGUUCAUGCCAUGUAUCAUUAAAGCUUGUUGGGUUUGACCUCU